AGUUCCGGGGAACCGGCGGCCUCUGCGCUUCUAGUAUCCUGAACUUAGAGAGUUGGGUUCCGCUACUCCGCGCUGGAGUCGCUGCCUGCGGGCAUCAUGGUGUUCUACUUCACUAGCAGCAGCGUUAACUCAUCUGCUUACACUAUUUACAUGGGAAAGGAUAAAUAUGAAAAUGAGGAUCUAAUAAAGUAUGGCUGGCCUGAAGAUGUUUGGUUUCAUGUGGACAAACUCUCUUCGGCUCAUGUAUAUCUUCGAUUACAUAAGUUGAUACUACUGGACUUUGUGUCUUCAGUGGAGGGGGAGAAGAUAGAAGACAUUCCAAAGGAGGUACUGAUGGACUGUGCCCAUCUUGUGAAGGCCAAUAGCAUUCAAGGCUGCAAGAUGAACAACGUUAGUGUGGUCUAUACACCGUGGUCUAACCUGAAGAAAACAGCUGACAUGGAUGUGGGGCAGAUUGGCUUUCACAGGCAAAAGGAUGUGAACAUUGUGACAGUGGAGAAGAAAGUGAAUGAGAUUUUGAACCGAUUAGAAAAGACCAAAAUGGAGCGGUUCCCAGACCUAGCAGCAGAGAAGGAGUGCAGAGACCGCGAGGAGAGGAAUGAGAAAAAAGCCCAAAUCCAGGAAAUGAAAAGGAAAGAAAAAGAAGAGAUGAAGAAGAAGAGGGAAAUGGACGAACUUAGGAGCUAUUCAUCACUAAUGAAAGCUGAGAAUAUGUCUUCAAAUCAGGACGGCAAUGAUUCAGAUGAAUUCAUGUGAAUGGAGAAAAGGACCCUUUAAAGAUGUGGAUUUAGGGACAGUUGCAGACAUUUUGACUCCAUCUAUGUUCUGAGUUAUAAAAAACAAGAAAAUAUCAACUUGAGAGUUUUAAAAAAAAUGGUUCCCUUUUUUGCUGACAGAAAGAAUCAUAUAUAUACAUAUAUAUGUAUGUGUGUGUAUAUAUAUAUAUAUAUAUAUAUAUAUAUAUAUGGUAUAUAGUUGGACUUGAAGACAGCAUAUAACUCGAGGAAAGUGAAAAUAUUUUUGCCAGAACAUGUCUUCGUACUUCCUGAAAGCUGGCUGCCCUUGUUUUUGGGAUGGACUUUCAAAUGAACCAGCUCUGAAAAGUAUUUCUGGUACUGUAGUCUGUCCCUGAAAACAGAUGUCUUGAAAAGCUUUUUAUAUUCUUAAAAUAGCUUCACUUCCGUUAAGAAGAAUGUAUUGGUGAGCAAUAUAUAGCAGUGUUCCCCUCACCCUCGAUUUCCUGAUUAGCAUAAAAGUGUAUGGGUUUUGAAGAGGAUCGUGAUAUUUUCAGAAACUUGCUGGCGUCAGUGUUCACGUUCCAUUGUGUCGUCUAAGUCGAUUAGCAGAGUUGCCCUCAGCUCUCAGCUGGCCCUGGCUUCUGCACCCUGUACCCUUACUUUCUCUGAGUGAGGGCCUCUACCUAGUUCCCAUCAAACUUAAAUAGCGGGCAUGAAUCCAGGGGGGGGGGGCGGAGCUUGUGGCAGUUUGUCCCUGAGCGCCAGAUGCCCCAGGCCAUGUAGAUUACAACUUCCAGGGCUUGGCGUCAUUUCUCAGCACUGAGGGAAGAAACAGGAAGGGCUGCUCUGUGCAUCAUUUUGAAGAUGUAGGUUACCUUAAUUUUCGUCUUGGAAUACAGCAUCAAGCAAAAGUCCACGUUGUAAUUAUGACUUUAGAAAGAAUGAAGCAUUUCACGAGCCAGCCAAGUCAUUUGUUUAUUUGCUUUGAAAGAAUAUUUAUUUUGAGUCGUAACCACAGAGUUCGUAUUUCUGAAUUGUAGACUCAGUAACUUAAUAUGUAACAGUACUACGCAUUCAGAAUACCUGCUCUCCAGUGCGAUUCUGAAUAGAAAAUAUAUUUUUAUUGAAGCAUGUAAGGCAACCCCUUGUAGAAAGAGACAAAACCAAACAAUGGAAGGGAAAGAGGACAAAGCCCGCAGGUCAGGAGGCAUACAAAUUCACUUUUCAGCCACACCCAGAACUGUACAUGCAGCAUUCUUAUUCUUGUUCUAACCCAGCAAAAAUCAUCUCCAGCGAAUAUUCUAUCUGUUGUAGCACUUUGGGACUGUGGGUAAAACCAAAAGACUUUAGUGUUUCUAUUUAUCCCAAGUUGGUGUAUGGGGUUGAACUGGAAAAUUCCCUGAGGCGUAACUUGGCCAAAUUUUGAAACGGAGUAUGGGAGACAACUGCAGAAAUUAGUGAGUGUGUGCGCGUGUGUGCGGCUAAUGAUGUUCAGCCUGGAGUUCUGUGAUUUAAAAAUGUAAUAAUAAAGAAUCAUUUUUUUAUUUGGAAGGACAUUGAUAUAUAAAUUCUUAGAAUUUGCUCAAAAAGCUGGUUUUGAGGGGGCUGUGGCUGUAAAAAGCUUCAUCUGUCAUCGGCUCAGUGUGGCAGGUUCUCAGGUGUGUGACCUCCCCACUUACUGAUGAAUGCGUCUCCCCCAGAUGCCCCCUGAGUGGAAAGCAGACGACUUUUCCCAGACACACUGGCACUGCGUGUCAGUUAGCAGCCAUGCCCUCCUGCCUGGUUACUGUAGGCGCCUCUUCCCUCGGCUGCAAACAUCUAAAAUGGGGAGAUUUUGCCUCGGGCACCACCUGUGCACCUCAGCUUUCUACUGUUUCAGAAGGACUCCUCUGUACCCCGCAUUACAACAUAUAUAGAUAGAGCUUUUGAAGACUAUUUUUUUUUUGUAGCGUGAAGAGAUCCUGGGAUCCAAAUUUUAAAGGUUUUAUAACUCACAGCUUACGCUGGUUUAAAAUGCCAACGCCUCUCCUGAAUUCUGAGUUGAAUUCCAAGCUCUCGAACCUUUUCAGCUGCUCUGUGCUGAUUUCCUCCUAACUCGGCUUGUGUGUUGGGUAGUUUUUUUUCCCCCACAGCUCUCUUGGUCCCAGGGAAAGCAAAGACCUUUUCUUUGAGGACAUUGGUUCAGUGGCAACAGGUCAGACUGUUGGCAUUGAAGUCAUUUCAUUUCCUGCUUUUGGCGUGGUUCCUAAACUUCCUAUAGAAAAACUCCAAAUUAUUGGGAUUUUUAUGAGCUGUGCCCUUGAUCAAAUUCAUGCAUCCUGAGGAUUCCUCUUUUCAACUCUACCUCCGGUGCCCCCACUCUGUUUGACCUGCAUGCAGGUGAGGUUCCAUUAUCAUUGAAUUUACUUCACAGACUGCCCUGUUCUGUUCCUAAGCUUUAGAAUUGGUUUCUUACCCACCUUUGUUUAUCUAGAGUCCCCUAUCUUUGGGCAGGAGAGCUGUGUAACAGUGCUUGUGCUUAAACAGAUGUUGGCAAGUUUACUCAAGUAUGAAAGGUUUGUAUAUUAACAGAAGGUGACAGGCUUUACUUGAACCCUUUCCUUAUCUUUUGUUGGUUUUGUUGUAUUGUUUUUUAACUUUCCAGAAGCACGGACUUCGGUGAGCCUUUUAACUUGAGUGUCGAUGGUUUUCCCCACUCGGGAAGGAAGGGGGCCACACAUACAGCAAGAUUAGAGAAGGGGACUUCAGCUCUGGCCUCCAAUUUAAGGGCAAAGCUAUUCCUCCCACUUGUGUGUCUGCCUGAGAGGGGAAGCUCUUGUUUUCCAGGCUGGAACAGGUUAUGGGAAAAACUGAGCAGGAGGGAGAAAUGGAACACGUGUUCAGUUUUUCCUGAGCUAUGAUCCUGAAGCCUGCUUUUUCUGUUGGAAGUACGGCAUUGUGAAUAACAAAUCCCAUACUCCGAAUAAUAGUAGAGCAAGUGGGUGACCUUUGGUUUUCAAGUAAACUGUAAAACAAUCAAACUGUAAACAAAAGUGUAAAAUUAAAAUUAGAAACUUCAACUCCAAGCUAAAUGUCAGUCUUGACCCGUCUAACUCCAGCAAGUAUGUGACAGCUCAGAAGUGAGGACAGCGCUGAGCCCGACAGGCUCUUCUUCGGCAGGCACAGCACCGGGCCAGAGACUUCUGUGCAUCACAUCAUUUCACAAAUGAGACGGUGCCAACCACAUAUUCAUCGUGUCCUGGAUGGAUGAUAUGUAAAACAUAAUAAAAGCUUAUAGUUUGAGUAGAA